ACAGUAAACAUGAAGGUUGGAAGUUUUACGUGAAUGUUGUACAUUCAUUAUGUACAACAUUUGUUAAAAAAUUUGCUGUACAGAAGUUGGUCAUUUAACAUCAAAAGAAUAUCUGGUGAUAAAAUGGGAAGACAUUCUUUAAUAAGUAAGAGAAAGAAGAGGCAAGAAAACAGAAGAAGAAACAGAAUGCAAAAGGCAAGGCUCCGGCAGUUAAAUGAGAGUUCAGAGGCAUUUAAAGAUUUCAAUCAAGAAAACAUAGAGAAAGUUGAACAAGAGGAGGAAACUUUAUUAGGGAAAGUGGAGGAGGCAGAAAGGGAAGUAAAUGUGCAGUGUAGGGAGGAUGGCAUAUUUAUAGAUGACACCUGUAUAGAGAAAAGAAACACCUACAAGACAGCAAAGGAGUUAUUUGGGAAUGGAGACAGGGAAACAGUUAAAUUGUGCAAGAUGUUGGAUGAUGAAAGAGACAAAAGGGAGAAGCUCUUAAAAUUUACCAACUAUUGUAUUCAUUUAGUUAAGAGUAGAAAAAAAUGCAAAUUUUGUUGAAAAUUUUGACUAUAUUAUUUUCAAUGUUUUUACAUUAGGUACGUGUAUGAGUGAACAUAUCAAAAUUCUUGAGUUCUUAGCACUAUAUCCUUUCACUUUGCUUUUCGUAAUUUUUUUUUUUUAGUUUUUUGUUAAGAGAAACAAAACAAAAAAAAUUGGCUGUGUUGAUACAUGUACUCCAGUUAUUAGUAUUGUUUUUUUUUUUGGGGGGGGGGGGGGGGGGUUAUUAAUUUUUUUUCCUGUUGAAAUCAUAUUUUAUUUUUUUUGGAAAAGUUUAUUUUGAUAAGCAAUUAAACAUGUCGGGGAAACAAAAACUCUCAUUUUCCCAUCAAGCUCAGCGGAAAAAAAUGUCGAGAAAAGAAUGUCCAGGAUGUAAACAAUCAUUUACUUCUAGAUAUUUCCAACAGCACAGAGAAAGAAACUUCUGUAAUAAUCAAUGGAUUUGUUCCAAAUCUAGAUCUGUCUUUGAAAAUAUUGAAUUUUCAUCUCAUGAGGUCAUUGAGGAAUUAUCUGAUAGUUCAUCAGAUGAAAAUGUAUCUUCUCAUAGAUUACAUGAUGUUUUUCAAUCCUAUUUACGAAAAAAAAAUUAUGAAAAAAAUUGUGACGCAGACUCUGAAAGUGAAGAUGAGGUUUGGAAUAGCACAAGUUUAGAGGAUAUAGAUUUAGACCUUCAGAUGGAGGAGCUUUGUGGAGAAAAUGGAAUUAAUGAUGGAACUGUUCCAAACCCAAACAUGAAUCAGUUGUAAAUACAUAUGUGCUGAUGGUAUGCUUUUUAACAAGAAUGUAUCUUACAUCUGUCCUGUUAUCAAAGGGGUUAAUGUAUGAACAAAAUGCAAGGUUGAUGUAUUUUACUGUAUCGAUAGAUUGAGGUAUUUCAAAACAAUGUUUUAUGUGAUAUAUUGGUAAGCAAAAUUGGAAUAUUUUUGUCUUUAGCCAGUUGGUAUGAGCCAUUUUGGAAGGAUGCACGUCCUGUGCCAGUUGGCAUCAGCCAUCUUGGAAGGAUGCACGUCCUGUGCCAGUUGGCAUCAGUCAUCUUGGAAGGAUGCACGUCCUGUGCCAGUUGGCAUCAGCCAUCUUGGAACAGGAUAUGUGGCUAAUUUCAUGUAUUCAUGUAAUGUUUGUGAAAACCUUUAAUGUACUUUAAUACCUGUGUUUUCUAACAUUUGAAUUGUUGGACAUACAUGUACCAUGGCUAUUUCGGUGAUAUGAAGACGUAUAUAGAAAUGUUUUCCCAAAAUGUUGAAGGGGAGGUCAUAUUUUUGAUUAUUUAUGCUUAAAAGAGACGUAUGCAAUAAACGAAAAUAAAACCUGU